AAUCACUAACAGAAAUCCCUUAAAUGGUCGACCCCCCUUGAAGGUCAACGAAUAACUGUGGGAUAAUUCGCACACUCUUCACUAGUAUACACCACUCUCUGCUCGUUCCCUCCAGCAUACCCCUCCAUCCCCUGCAGCAGAUGCUGUGACGGUCGCCAUGAUGCUGCCGGGUUUCGCCUGCAGCAGCAGCAGCAGCAGCGAGCUGUGAGAGACACACACACCGCGAGCGCGAGCGGAGCCCUCCAACCGAACCGACAUAAACGAGGACACAUAUAUCCAGCAAAAGCUUCUGUCGUCAAGUGCAUAACAGUUUUCGAAAGCAAGGCUUGCUCCUUCUGCCAGCGUUUUAAGAGAGGGAUUUAAAGGGAAAACAGCUUGCUAGGGCUUUCGCAGUCCUGCCAGAGGAGGGGCAUAUGGGGCUUUGUAGCAAUGCAGAUCCCGUGCUGCUGAUGCGCUUUUGUUACUGCAUAAUGGAUAACCACAGAUAUCACCAUAUCACAAGGGAUUGCUUUUAACUUAUUUAGUGACUUGUUUUGUGAAAAGUGUCCUUUAUAGGAGAAGCUGAAAUCGGGAAUACAUAAGCCUAGGUUAUACGUCAAACCCAUCGGCCAGGGCAGGGUCGAUGGCUGUAAGUUCUCUGCAUCCAAGGACUGCGAAAUUGUGAUGUUGUGGAUUGAUAGGGACGGAUCGGUGUGAGAGGGACCAUGAUAAGGCUUUACAAUAUUUUUUGAGACAUUACGUUUUUUGGAGCGUCCCAUUUGCUACAGUGGGAGCAAAAACUGACCAUACUGUGAGACACCAGCAGCAACUGAAACCAUGUCUGGUGAGGUGCGUUUGAAGAAGCUGGAGAAGCUGAUUCUUGAUGGCCCAUCUCAGUCCAGCGGCCAGUGCUUCAGCGUCGAGACCUUGUUGGAUAUUCUUGUUUGUCUGUAUGAUGAAUGCAAUAAUUCUCCCCUAAGAAGAGAGAAAAACAUCCUGGAGUUCCUUGACUGGGCCAAACCUUUUACAUCCAAGGUGAAACAGAUGCGCUUGCACAAGGAAGAUUUCGAGAUCCUGAAGGUGAUUGGACGGGGAGCGUUUGGAGAGGUUGCAGUAGUAAAGGUGAAAAAUGCAGACAAAGUAUUUGCCAUGAAGAUUCUCAACAAAUGGGAAAUGCUUAAAAGGGCUGAGACUGCAUGUUUUCGGGAGGAACGGGACGUGCUGGUGAACGGGAACAGUCAGUGGAUCACGACGUUACACUAUGCUUUCCAGGAUGAGAACAACUUGUACCUGGUGAUGGACUACUAUGUAGGGGGAGACCUGUUGACUCUGCUCAGUAAAUUUGAAGAUCGUUUGCCUGAGGACAUGGCCAAGUUCUAUCUGGCCGAAAUGGUCUUGGCUGUUGACUCGGUGCAUAAGCUACAUUAUGUUCACAGGGAUAUUAAGCCGGACAAUAUCUUGAUGGACAUGAACGGUCACAUCCGGCUGGCUGACUUUGGCUCCUGCCUCAAGCUCAUGGAAGAUGGGACAGUCCAGUCCUCUGUGGCAGUUGGGACCCCGGACUACAUUUCUCCAGAGAUCUUGCAGGCUAUGGAAGACGGGAAGGGGAAGUACGGGCCGGAGUGUGACUGGUGGUCUCUGGGUGUGUGCAUGUAUGAGAUGCUGUAUGGAGAGACUCCCUUUUAUGCUGAAUCCCUGGUGGAGACCUAUGGAAAGAUCAUGAACCAUAAGGAGCGCUUCCAGUUCCCACUUCAGAUGACAGAUGUGUCCGAGGAGGCUAAAGAUCUCAUCCGGCGGCUGAUCUGCAGCAGAGAACACCGGUUAGGCCAGAACGGCAUCGACGACUUCAAACAGCACCCCUUUUUCACAGGCAUCGACUGGGACAACAUCCGCACAUGUGAAGCCCCCUAUAUCCCCGAAGUCAGCAGCCCCACUGACACCUCCAACUUUGACGUGGAUGAUGAUUGCCUCAAAAACUGUGAGACGUUGCCCCCACCUUCACACACAACGUUUUCUGGACACCACCUCCCAUUUGUAGGCUUCACCUACACAAGCAAAUGUACUCUGUCAGAUCGAGGGUGUCUGCGGGAGUCCAUGGGACCACCACAGGUAGAUGCUGAGCUUCAGCGUAGCCUGGAGGAGAGCCUGGCCUCAGAGGCCUAUGAGAGAAGGAUCCGACGUCUAGAACAGGAGAAGACCGAGCUUACCCGGAAACUACAGGAGUCCACGCAAACAGUGCAGGCACUGCAGUACACUGAUUCAGAUGCCCCAGUGAAUGCUAAUAAAGAGGUAGAAAUCCGGAGUUUAAGAAGUGAGAUCGACAUCCUGAAGAAACAGAUAGCAGACUCUGGACAACUGGAACAGCAAUUGGAGGAGGCCACCAUAGUUCGAAGAGACCCGGAAGACUCGUCUAAAAUAAUCAGGAGCUUUGAGAAACAGCUGAAGAGUGUCAUGCAAGAAAGAGAUGAUCUGCACAAGGAGCUGCUGGAGUUGGCAGAGAAGGUGAAGGCUCAGGGGAAGGAGCUAAAGGAGGCUCACAGUCAAAAGAAGAUGGCCAUGAAGGAGUUCUCUGAGCUGAACGAGCAACUGAGCGAUCUGCUCUCACAAAAGCAGCGGCUGAGCCGACAGUUCAGAGACAAAGAGGAGGAGAUGGAAGGAGUGUCACAGAAACUAGAGGCUCUACGGCUAGAGAUUCGCAAAGCUGAGAGAAUGCGCAAAGAGUUAGAGGCCCAGGCUGAGGAGCAAGCAGCAGAAGCUCAGAAGGAGAAGAAGCUACGAGAGAGAACCGAACAGUACAGCCGACAGUUAGAGGAGGACCUGGAAGAGAUGAAGCAGUUGAAGCAGGCUGGGCCGCAUCACUCGGCGGCGAGCUCAGAUCAACAGCAGGAGCUGAUGCGCAUACGAGCGGAGCUGGAGAAGAAGAACGUGCAGUACGAGGAGGAGUUGUGCCGCCGGGAGACACUCCACACCAGCGAGCUGAAGGGCCUCAAGAAGGAGCUCCACGAUGCUGAGGGUCAACACCUCACACUCCAGAAAGAGAUUCUCAUGCUCAAAGACAAACUGGAGAAAACCCGCAGAGAAAGCCAAACUGAGCGAGAGGAGUUUGAGACGGAGUACAAGCAGAAGUACGAGAGGGAGAGAGCCCAUCUGAUGGAUGAAAACAGGAAGCUCGCAAGUGAAGUGGAGAAACUGAGCUCUAUGUAUGACCAGCUCAACAGUAGUCACAAGCAGAAGGACGAGGAGAUGAGAGAGUUGGCUGAUAAGAAGGAGAGCAUUGCCCAUUGGGAGGCCCAGAUCACUGAGAUCAUACAGUGGGUGAGCGAUGAGAAAGAUGCUCGUGGUUACCUCCAAGCUCUAGCCACAAAAAUGACAGAGGAGCUUGAAGGGCUCAGGAACACCAGCUUGGGAGCCAGAGGAACGGACAUGCCGUGGAAGAUAAGGCGCUUUGCUAAGCUGGACAUGUCUGCGCGUCUAGAACUGCAGUCUGCGCUGGAUGCGGAGAUCAGAGCCAAACAGUCCAUCCAGGACGAGUUUAACAAAGUCAAAGCGUCCAACAUUGCCACAGAAUGCAAAUUGCAAGAGUCCGAAAGUAGAAACCAGGAGCUGCUUGCAGAAAUUGAGAGGCUGAGGAAAGAGACAGAGGAGCUGAGACUGAGGAGAGGUGUGAAGCACCAGGAUUCCCAGAAUUCUUUCUUGGCAUUCCUCAAUGCCCCCACUUCUGCUCUGGAUCAGUUUGAUCGGUCACCCUCUUUUGGUCCCGGCAGCAAAACCAGACGUCUUGACUCGGCAGAUUUCACUCCCUCUAAUACUCCAUCACGAGAUGAAGAUGCAAGAUCUCGUCGUAUAUCACGCUCGCGCUCUCCGUCAUCUGCCAGUGACAUGGAGCCUAUUGAGUUGAUUGACCACACGUCACGUAGUCUGCAGACGCCAACAGGAAGAUCAGGCUAUGGGAGCUUGGGACACUCUUCACCGAAGCCCAAGGCGCACCAGCUUAGUGUGAAGACCUUCAGCGUUCCCACCAAAUGUAACCAGUGCACCUCUCUGAUGGUGGGACUUAUCCGUCAGGGCUGCGCCUGUGAAGUCUGCAACUUCUCCUGUCAUGUCACCUGUGCUGAUAAAGCACCCUCUGUGUGCCCCGUUGCACCAGACCAAACCAAGGGCAAAUUGGGAAUCGACACUCAGAGAGGCAUAGGGACUGCAUAUGAGGGCCAUCUUAGGAUACCAAAGCCCACAGGGGUGAAAAAGGGUUGGCAGAGGGUCUGGGCAGUGGUAUGUGACUUCAAACUUUUCCUGUAUGAGCUUGGAGAAGGGAAGGGUGCCCAGCCUGGUGUCAUAGUUAACCAGGUCAUCGACAUGAGGGAUGAAGAGUUUUCCGCCAGCUUUGUUCUGGAGUCUGAUGUCAUCCAUGCUAACAGGAGGGAUAUCCCCUGUAUUUUUAGGGUAACAGCAUCUCAGCUGUCCACCUCCUCCAGUCAGAAGACGUGCAUCCUGAUGCUGGCCGACAAUGAGCACGAGAGGACAAAGUGGGUGUCCGCACUGAAUGAACUGCACCGCAUUCUGAGGAAAAACAAGCUGAAGGAGCGUUUCGUGUAUGUGCCUAAAGAAGCGUAUGACAGCAGCCUUCCUCUCAUCAAAACCACCCAGACUGCUGCUAUUAUUGACCAUGAACGGGUUGCUUUGGGGAACGAGGAAGGCCUGUUUGUAAUCCACGUCACCAAAGACGAAAUUGUUCGUGUGGGUGACAUUAAGAAGGUCCAUCACAUAGAACUGAUGCCCAAAGAGCAUCUAAUGGCCGUGAUCUCGGGCAGGAACCGACAAGUGUGUCUGAUCCCCAUGGCUGGGUUUGAUGGGAGAGAGAUUGACAAGAAUAAGGUGGCAGAUACUAAAAACUGCCAGGCACUGGUGUCUGGUGUGGUGCGCAAUAACACCUGCUUCUGCCUCGCCAUUAAACGGCAGAUCUCCUGCUACGAAAUUAACAAGAGCAAGUCUCGCUAUUGCCAUCUGGUGGACAUACAAGCUCCAGGAACUGUCCAGUGGAUGGCGUUCUUUGGCCAACAGUUAUGUGUAGGAUACCAAGCGUGCUUUAUGCGCUACAGUUUGCAUGAAGAUACCCCUCCGGUCAGCAUGCUCCACCCAGAUGACCCAACAUUGGCGUUUAUUAAGGCAGAGAACUUGGAUGCCCUUUGUGCAGUGGAUAUCUCCAAUAAAGAACUGCUGCUCUGCUUCAGCAAAAUUGCAGUGUAUGUAGACACACACGGGAGACGCUCGCGCCAGCAAGAGCUAAUGUGGCCCGCGACGCCCACCGCCUGCUGCUACAACGCCCCCUACCUGUCAGUCUACAGUGAAAAUGCAGUGGAUGUGUUUGAUGUGAACACUAUGGAAUGGAUACAGACCAUUCCUCUCAAAAAGGUCCGGCCGCUGAACAUGGAGGGUUCUUUGAAUCUCUUGGGCCUGGAGACGGUCAGACUCAUCUACUUUAGAAACAAGACUGCAGAGGGGGACGAACUGGUGGUGCCUGAGGUGUGUGAUAACAGCAGGAAGCAGAUGGUACGCAGCAUGAGCAACAAGAGACGAUUCUCGUUCCGUAUUCCUGAGGAGGAGAGACUGCAGCAGAGGAGAGACAUGUUGAAAGAUCCAGAGAAAAGGAACAAGUUGAUCUCCAGUCCUAUGAAUUUUAACCACGUGGCUCAUAUGGGUCCUGGAGAUGGAAAGCAGAUCCUCAGAGAUCUGCCAAUGAAUGUACGUGCUCAGGACAAUCGAGCCGUAUUCAGCGGUUCCAUCAGCAUCCCAUCAAUCACCAAAAACCGUGCCGAACCUGGGCGAUCCAUGAGCGCCAGCAGUAGCCUAGGAAUGCGGUCGUCCUCUCAGAAUGGCAGCGCUCUGAGGAGGGAGUUUUCGGGUGGCAGCUACAGCUCUAAACGCCAGACCAUGACGUCACCCUCCGAGAGCUCGCUGUCGUCAGGAGGCGGGAUGGACGUGGGCGAAGCGCCGCUCUCUCAGUUCGAUAGAGAGGACUCUGAUUCACCUCGGCACUCCACCGCCUCCAACAGCUCCACCUUCAGCAGCCCGCCGAGCCCCGCCUCCCCGCACAAAACAAAGUCCCUCUCCCUGGAGAGCACAGACCGCACAGUGUGGGACACAUGAUGGACUCAACAACGAGCCAAUCACAACAAACUUUGAGUCUGCCAGUCACAGUGCUCCGUCCCCUUCCAUCCAGUUGCAUCCAGGCACUACAGGCCCCUUCCAAUUAAUUUGCAUAAAGCAUCACCACUGGGGAACGUACAAAGGAGAAACCACACCAACACAAGCGUGUGUAUGUUUGAGCGACCAGGACGCGCAUGACCUGCAAAAGCUGAUUGGAGGAAAAAGUCGAAGUUCGGUUCUGGAUUUUAAUGUGACUGGUGUUUGUACAUAGAAUGGGUUAGGGUUAAACUUUUAUUUAUUUAUCAUUUAGCCAUUUCAAAGUGGAAAAUACUGUCCCGUCCCUCUCAUGUAAUGGAAUGAUGAUUCCAUUAUAGAAUCUCUCUAAUUUACCUGGGGGAAAAAAUGCAAUGAUGUAUAUAUAUUUUUUUUGCUUUUAAAAGUGAUGUGUGCUGUGAUUCGUUUGUUACUUUGGCUAAAUGGAUGAGAGACGAACUCAUCGAUCGCUUCCUGUCCUAGAUUUGUAGGAAUUUAUAGAGGCGAUGACGUGGAAUCUGUCAUCUGUCAUCUUCGCCAAUCUCCACAUAAUCCAAACCUUCCGUGAACCAACAUGACCUGUGAAAACACCACAUUAAUGUACAUAGGUUAAAAGUAUAGUAUAAUAUAUAAUAAGGAAAUAUUGAAGAGAUAAACUAUGUGAAAAAAACCUCAUUGCUUUUAUUUUGUAAAAAUUAUUUUAAUAUACUCGUGCUGAGACCAAUUAAAAAGUUCUGUCAGUUCCUUUAGACUUAUUUUUUUUUUUUUUUUUUUAUGAUAAAAUAUUGCCUUGUGUAUUUUUUUUCUUUGUUGUGUUUUUUUUUUUUAAGAUUUUUGUGAGACACUACAAAUGUGCUUAAACUAUAAAAUUUGCAUCAUGUCUGGGUUAAGUUGUGCUUUAUUAGAUGACAAUACAUGCAUUGACUUGAACGAAACUGUACAAAUAUCAGCAAGGUGGCAUACAAAUAUCAUAUUUCUGCAAUCUGCAACCCUUAAAUCCAAAUUGUGGAACUUGUCCAACGUGUAAUUUGAGAUUUGCAGACAGACAAAUGAUUGUGUUUUGUUCCUGGAUGGUUUCAUCUUAAUGUAUCAGUAUGGGAAAUUGCUUCACCCAUAUAGUUUGGCUCUUUCUAUCUUUUCAUUGGAUAAUUCCGUAACUUUAUCCCGUUAAGUGUUAAAACGUUCACACCACUAUUAAAUGUGCCAUUAAAAUCUAUAACAAGAAUCUGCUCCCACAAUGCCUGCAUGUAUUUGUCAUUACUUAGUUGUCAGAUUGCAUUUCUUUUGGUUUCAAAGGCAUUUAGCCCAUCCGAGGAAAAAUAAAUGUUUAAAACUCCUCAGAAAUUACACGUCUAAUAAGCGACACAGGCUUCACUCUGUUCCUUAUUCACUUUGCAGCUGAUUUAAUCAUUAGUUACACAAAAAAGUGAGUCGCCCACCUCAUGCAGGCUUCUGUUUGGUGCUCAGAUUCUGUUCCUUAAAUUCCAUAAAGUGGGAAACUUUUAAUUUGAUUAAUUCUUUAAAGGUUUUCCAGAAAUUUGGGUCUUCAUUUUGUAUUAUCGUUCCAUCUGUAGUAAGCAACCGCAAUGGAAAAAAGACAUUUGGACAGAAACCUUCGACUUUACAUUUAUAUGUGCUCAUUCUCAUCUCAGUUCUUUAUUUUUUUUCAGGAUGAAAAUAUCAUUUGAACAGUUUUGCAUCUCAUAAAUGAUAAUUCCGUGUUUCAUGGUUGUAUUAUAGGUGCAUCUCAAUAAAUAAGAAUGUUGUGGAAAAGUUUUCAAUAAUUCAACUCAAAUUGUGA